AUGAGAGGCCUGAAUAGACAGGAUAAGCAGAGAGAGAUGAACCUAUUUCUGCAUAGAAGUAAUGCCGGUCUGUUUGGGCUCCUAGAGACAAAGUUUAAGAGAGCCAAAGCUACUCAAGCAGCUCUUAAUCUUUGUACUGGUUGGUCUUUCAGCUCGAAUCUGUCCCAUAUUCCAGGUGGGAGGAUUUGGUUGAUGUGGCAACACUUAAUAUUUAAUGUAAAUAUAUUAAGAACAACCGCUCAAUUAAUGCAAUGUGAAGUAGAGCAUACGGGUACAAGAAACAAGUUUAGUAUAACAGUUGUGUAUGGUUUUAAUGACCAGAUGUUACGAAGGGAUUUAUGGCAAGACGUAGAACAAAUUCAGGGCUCAGUACUAGGGGCCUGGGCUGUUAUGGGGGAUUUCAACUGUGUACUAAAGCGAGAUGAAAGAGUGGGACGUCCUGUCACAGCAGCUGAAAUUAGGGAUUUUAAAAGGUGUAUGGGUGUCGGCUACUUGGUUGAACUGAGGUCAUCAGGUGCGUUCUACACCUGGAACAAUAAACAAGGGGAUGAUAAAAGGGUAUAUAGUAGAAUAAACAGGGUCCUAGUUAGUGGAGCCUGGCUAACUCCACUACCGAGCUCUGAGGUUCACUUUGGGAAUGACGGACUUAUAGAUCACUGCCCAGCAAUGAUAAACUGGGAUGAUGCCAUCCAAAGGGCAAAACCCAGAUUCUACUACUUUAAUAUAUGGAGUCAAGCCUUGGACUUUCAGCAAAAAGUGAGGGAGAAUUGGACACAAAGAAUUGAGGGAACUAAAAUGUUCCAGCUGGUGGGCAAACUAAAUAGAUUGAAAGGUACCCUUAGAAGCAUAAACAAGAGACAUUUCAAUGAGGUAGAAAUCAAGGCAGACAAAGCAAAAGCAGAGCUGGAGGACUGCCAAACUGCCCUGCAGCAAAAUCCUACAAAUGCAUACUUAACUCGAGCAGAGAUACAGCCAGCAGCAACAUACCAUAAACUACAUCAAGCAAGGAUUCAAUUCUUUAAACAGAAAAGUAAGCUCCACUGGUUGACAUAA